CGGCGAAGUUGCAGAGUCGAGUGAGUAGCUUCACAGGUCCCCGGAAAUCAGGUUUGACGGUCCAACUACAUCACAUCAAGGAGAGAGAUUUUCUUCACCGGAAUGAUCCUCAAGGUCGGUGACUAUUCUGGUUCAACUCUAGAAGACCAAAAUUUGUGAUUAUAGGAUUUAGAGUAAUAUACUCCGUAGCAGUGAAGGCACGGGUUCUUAGAGAUUACCGUAUGAAUAAUUUUUGGGAAGAGAAGCAACGGGGUAGUUCAGGAAUUAAAAUUGCAUUUGUGACCGUCUAAAGAGAAACGCUUGCUUCUAUAGCGUUAUAUUCCAGCCAUUUUUUUCCAACUUCAGCUCAAUGUAGCUUGUUGUUCGAACAAUAAGGCCAGUGAAGAGUACAAAACGACCACUCAGACCUCCGUUGCUCGAUCGCUCCUUCCUCCUAGUCGCACCGCCGCCGUAAUUCGUUCUCUGCCCUCAGUCGCCGGGAAAAUCGGACCCUCAAUUCCCGAAAUCCCGAGAAAUCCGUGCGGCCCUCCCUGCAUGAGCGUGGGGGAUAGCAGAGGGUGAAACAUUUCGUCAAAAAACUCAUGUCCUCCUCCAGGCUAUUCCGGCAUUCCUUGUAAGAAGAAACUGUUGGUAUUCGUAGCAGUGACCAGAAGCAAAGAUGGUGAAAAAAUCAUGGAAAAUUAUCCCUCGACCUCUCAUGGAGGCCGUCCUCAGCAACCAUGCCCGGCAACACCGCGUCCCACAGCCUCUCAUUCUUCACGGGCCUCGUGGAGUCGGCAAAACCACUCUCAUCCUUGAACGUCUCUUAAGCCAAUGGAACAGCGGCCCUCAUGUCACAGGCUAUGUAGACUUUGCGAAACCAAUAGCAGAUCACCAUCCUGCACAUGGCCAUUCUUUUCCUUGGGAUUCUUGGUCCAACUGCCCUCCCCAGCCGCUACCCAUUCUCCAGUCCCAACUAGAGAGCUGCCUUGAAUCGUUGGCGUGGAAGGGCAUUAAGCUAUGCACGAUAAGCUCUCACCAGAUAUUCACAACCCUUAACAAGUGGCACGGACUCACUGCAGCUCUUAAGCAGAUCUUGAGUGCCGAUGAUCUGUCAAACAGUCCCAGAACUUAUGUGUCCGCCACUAGGGUCCAAUCAGCACUUAAUUUGUGGGAAAGGGCAGUAUUAGCUGCAUCUGCUCGACUAAAUGCCGAGGAGAUCAGUGGAUUGGAUGGAGAGGAGGAAGGGUCGUAUAACAGAGAAUCAUUGGCAGCCUUGAAGCUGGCCAAGGCUGUUAUGAGGCUGCAGCAGAAGUGGAGAAGUAAUGCAGUCAAGCAUUUGAAUCAAUCUGGUGGGUUUUCAAGGUCUUUGGCAAAUUCUGCUACAGACUGGCCCUCUCUAUUGAUCGAACUCUUGUCUUCAGCAGCCGAAGUUGACUACUUUCAGCCGAAGUUGGUCAUGAACAACAUAGAGGUGUUAAAGAAUGCUGUACUAAUAGAUGAUUCUUCAGUCUGUGCAUCCAUGUAUCAUGAUAGUUUGAUAUGGAGAAUAAUAGCAUUGGGCGCGAACGAGCGAUGUCUCCCAGUUAUUUUUGUAACUUCAGAUAGCUAUUACUCAUAUCGUGCUUACAUUGAUUUUGGAUUUCCAGAUAUUUUCAUCUCCCGUGAGACAUUUGGAUGGACUCCUGCAGAAGCUAAAAUGCAUUUGACUGGUCAGUUUUUUAGCAAGACUGAGUUGGAUGUGAUUGUUGAAGUUUUAGGAUCAAACCCGAGGCAUCUCUUUGAGCUUUAUGCACUGAAAUUAAGUAGCUAUUGCCAAAAGGAUGCCAAGAAUACAUUUGAGGACAUUGUUGAUGCAUACCUGGCAUUUCUACAAAUGACUGUGGUUAAUCCUGCCAUGGACAAGGCAUUAUCAAGGGUGCAGAAGUUUGCAAACGAUGUACAUAGUGGACGAAUUCCAAAAGACAAAUUGUGUUUUGGAGCUCCUUGGAGAAAUCUUCCACAUGCCAAUGACCAAGCCUCGUGUCGUGAGUGGGCUAAGAUUCAACUAUUAGACUUUGUUCAGUCGCUUGUCAAUGCAGAAUUUGGGUUAAACUACCUGCAAGAUUGCAGUCUUGAAAUUUUCGAUGAUCCGUGUGCUGUUGCAUUAAUAGAGGUUGGCUUGCUUUACAUGCAACGGGAUCCAUCCAUUGUUCGUCCAAUAUCUAGGGGUAUACAGAGGUGCCUGGUCAGAUGGCUUGUUCAGGAGCGUAUGGAAAUGGGCUUCAAGAAGUCACUGCAGUAUCAAUGGCAACGAGUUAUGCGGGGCCGGAGCUAUCGUCAUUUGUUGUGAAAUUAGAAAGUGGAAAAUACAAUUAGGAGGAUAUGCUGGUAAAGGUUUAGAUUCUUUGUGUUUACAUUUGUGGAUAAGAUUAAGUGCUCAAUUGGUGAGCGCUUAUUUAUGCUUAUUUUCAAGCAAGGUUUUACCAAACACUAAUAGCAUGAUAUUGUUAACAUUCCUUUACCAGUAAUGGUAAAAUAAAGGAAAAUGAUAUGUAUGGUAGGAGACUGUUGAGCAUGGAAUGUUAGAAUGAUAGCGAAGGUAUCCUCCAGUAAGUAAUUGGACACUGAGUUGUAUAAUUAUUGUGAACUUGAGAUGACUUUGUCAUUCUCUAACUCAUUUCCUGACACUUUAUUUGUAUCCCCAAAGUUUCAUGAAAGGGUAAAUAUUUUUCACCUUCGAAUAUCUUGGAG